GCGAAGAAAAAUCCAAAAAGAAAGCAGGAAGCCCGAGUAGAGCAGCUUCUGCGCUGCCAAAAAAUAGGUUCAUAUUUUCAAAAAUUUCGUGAGAAAAAGUGAAUUUUUUCAUUGAAUUUCCAUCGCCAAACCGCUGCCGACGCCGGACCGCAAUGAAUCCGAACGAAGUGGUGUACGUGGGAAACGUGCCCAAGCCGGCGACCGCGGACGAGCUGACGGAAUUCUUCAAAGAUGUCGGCAAGGUAAUCAAGGUGUCGUUUAUGCGUGAAAAUCGAAAUGACUGCCGGACCAAGAUUGGCUUCGUCCUUUUCGAGAACGAGAUGCAAGCGAUGAAGGCCUGCAGCUACGACCAGACCAUUUUCCAGUGGAACCGGGUGAUAGUGAUGCUGGUCAACGAUGAGCGCCAUUUUUGGGCCGGCCAUACGGUGGUGGUGCGGAACAUUGCCUCUGAAACCAGCGAAGAAGAUUUGUAUGAAAACUUUGGUCGGUACGGGAUGAUCGAGAGCGUUCAGGUUCCGACCAGCAACUUUGCGUACAUCGGGUUCAAGGAGAAAUCGGCGGCACACUCGGCUCAGCGACUCAACAAUACGAUGCUGGGAUCGAGUAAAAUAACUGUCCAGGUUCUGCAGCGGAACGUCCGCGUACGUUUGGAGGAUUUUGACAGUUUCAAGACACCGCGCGUAUUCAACGAGUUGAUGGAGGCCAAAGCAAAGUACAACUUCAUGCAGGAUGCGGCGAACGGUUCCGCCGUGGUGACCAGCUCGCACUAUCGGGACUACGACGAGGAAGAGGAUGAGGACGAAGACGAGGACAACCGGGUGUACGAUCCGGUUACGAAUCGAUUCUACGACAAACCCAAGGCUCCGGGACAAAGUUCCAUACCGCAGGUUCGGUCCAUGUCACGCAACCGGUACGCGGAUGAGGAUGAUGACGACGACGACGACGAUGUUGUGAUGCCACCCAAGAUCCAGUGGAAUAAGGAACCCGUUACGGUGGAUUUGGUCUCGCCAAAUCCAUCCCCGGAACCGGACCUGUUUGACACCGUGCGGACCGCACCGGAAGAUGACGAAGGCAGCGAGAUUCGACGGCGUCAUUUGGAGUUUAGCAAAGUACCCGUGUGCGGAAUCGCUACUGUCGUAAAUGCAGCGAUCCGGGUUGAAAACAUACCACGGGAAGUUGUUGACGAGGACGUCAUCAAGUACUUUGAUCAGUUUGGCCACAUCUUGAGCAUGGAAAUCGGCGCUCCGACGCGCUGUUUGUUCACCAAGAACUACACGAUCGUGUUCAUGCAGGAGAGCGUCGCCGAGCGAGUACUCGAUUGCUUCAUGCGCAAGUGUGAGUUCUCCGGCGUAGUCACGACCAUGUUCACGAUGCGCGUAGACGAGGUCGUGCACGACGAUCCCAGUCGAUGCGUUCUUGUUGAUUACAUCUCCAAUAGCAUUACCUUCGAGGACAUUGUAGACGCGUUCCGUAACAUCGGUGAGGUCAUUUAUGUUAAGAAAACAGUACGUAACACAACCCCGACGGUUGUGCACUUCCGGAACCGCGUUUCGAUCGAUCGUGCCAAACAGGUUACGAAAAUUGACGGCGAUACGGUGCGCGUUGUGUCGUUCAGUCAGGACGCGUUCAAAACGUUCACCAACGAUUACUGGAAGUUGAAGAACGCCAGCACGCCGUACUCGAAGAAACCGCUCAAAAACGUCCGAAUGAUGGACAUUGAGAUGAAGGAAGCGACGGAGAAGAGCAACUACAUGAUUAUCAAAACCGUGUUCAAUCCGACCUAUCGGAAUCCGGAGCCGACGAGGAUUAAGAAUGAAGUCGUCAUCUACAACUGUCCGACGCGCACCACCCUCAAGGACCUGCGGCGGCACUUUAUCAACGUGGCUUUCGUGACCGAGAUGCGGUACGAGCAGUCCCCGUACGACACCAACACGUGGAAGGUCUUCGCCAGCUUCGCGACCUUCAUCGACGCGUUCAACGCGGUCCGACUGAAGGGUAUGUUUCAGCAGUACCCGAUCUUCAAGCACAUGGCGACGGACAAGCCAAAGCUGGAUGCGCCGGAAGCGAUCCAGAUUGAGAUGUCGAUAGAUGAUAUUUCGGUGACGAAAAUGUACAACUGCUUGGUUAGUCACGGCGGGAUCACGUUCGUGGAUAAGGUAGAUCACAAUAAGUUUAUUGCGAUCUGCCGGGAGCCGAAAGUGGCUAAGAAAGUAGUGCUGGUGAAGACGAUGGCCCGUACUAGCUGCAAUGUUGUGUUAUACCGGGACAUUCUGAAUAACCAGAAUGCUCUGGCGGAAAAGGCCAGGCAGGAGGAGUCCGCGCCACAGCAGUCGAUUUCGUUGGAUGGAAUCUUUUCGAUUAAGAAUCGAAGUGGAAGAGGCCGUAACGAGGACUCUAACCCCGAUGGGUGGGACAUUCCAGGACGCAGAUCAGUGGGAAUGGAUCUUACCGAUGAUCUGCCGAGUUUUCCAGCUCUGGCAGCUCAACAGCCGGGGCCGCCGGGUUGCGAUGAAGAACAGUUUCACUCGAAUCCGUUGACAUACGUAAACCCACCGGCUCCGGUAGCGAUGCCAAUGUACGGCAUCAUCCCACCUAGGCCAACGUUCGCACCAGGAUGGGCUACCGGCGGUCCGAUGCACGCCGCUCCUCCGACGAUUGUGCCACCUCCGGCGAAUAGAAGCGUAUUCAUGGCUCAACCAAUCGUUGCGCCGAUGUCGCACGGCAUAUUUGGAGGACCCGUUCAAAUUCCAAUCCCAAAUAUAACCGUUCACCAGAUUCCACCGCAGCCAGCUAUUCCAGGUUCGGUUCCCAAGAAGGGUGAUCUGCGAAAUUACCUUGCGGAGAAGCGAAACACACGCUGGAGCAAGCCUGAAACACCGUACGACCCGACGAAUGAGUUUGACCGCCAAAUCGACAAUCUCAGCCCCAGCAAGCCAAAAUCCAACCUGGAGAUUGAGAAAAUGGAAGAAUACAUCCGAGAAAAGGAGCGCGAAAUUGAACGACGACUACAGCAACUGGACCGCCAGGACAAGAAUCUGUCCUCCGUCGGAAACGGCCGCCGAAGUCGAUCCAGCAGAAGUCGAUCGCGAGAUAGAUCCCGAAGCAACUCCCGUGGAAGAUCACGGGAACGAUCUCGCCGAAGAUCCCGCUCCUACUCCCCAACGGAUCGAGCGGCACGCGUUCGGCUGGACGAAAUCUCCAAGGAAAAGAUCGAGGUAAGUCGGCAGCUGCAGGAUAUGCGCAAGGCGAACCUUCCAAACUACCGCCAGACGGCCAAGUUUGUCCAGCUUUGCGAGAUGCAAUCGCGGCUAGACAAGGAAACUAUUGAAAUCAAGCGUCAACUGGAGGCCAAAAAGCUUUGGCUAGCGGAACGGGCCCGUUCACUGGAACGCGAACAGGGAGGACAUCCCCAGCAGCAGCAGCACGGUAACCGAUUCGCACGGGCUGGCAAUCGGAACAACCGCAGCCGUAGCUCCUCCCGCAGCAGCUCCCGUGGUCGUCGACGUUCGUCCCGUAGCAGCUCGCGAGGUCGUUCGUACGAUCACCGCCGAAGAAACUCCCGCUCCAGGUCGAACGAUCGCUUCGCCCCACGUCGCAUCUACCGCUGCAAGCGCCGUCCGGAAUCCCUCAUGCGAGAGAUGCGUACUCUCGGACGUCGUCACGAGUCCAAAGCGGAUCAAAGUGUGUUUGUCGGUAACAUCGCAACCGGCGUGCGCAACGAAGAAAUGCGGGCACUCUUUAGCCGGUACGGCCGGAUCGUCGGGUUCGAUGUAAGCUCGCGUCAAAAGUGCGACGAAGUUUACAUCGACUUCCACCAGCGUGAGGACGCUUUCAAGGCGCUGGAGAUGAACAAGGUCAAGAUGUGCGGCCGGCGUUUGCGGGUCGCGCUCAACUGUCGCAAACCCGCCAACCGACAGGGCUACACCGUCAUCGUGGAGAUGCCAGAACCCGUCCCCGAGCGCGAUCUGUACGCCACGUUUGAGAGUUGUGGUCCGAUUGAGUUCAUCUGGAACUACGAUCAAGCGACCGUAGCGACCAUUACCUUUGAACGGCCGGAAGCCAUGAUGAAGGCACUCACGGUGAAAGAACUUUCCACUAAAGUGCAGAUUAUUGUUCGCGAGUACGUCGAGAGUGAGCGUUAGCGUUAGCGGAGGAUGAAGCUCACACGCACUAAUUAUACAUAAAACACUGAAAAAUGGACCGCAUGUGGUAACACUUUUAUCAUCAACGUAAGUAUGUUUGCUCUUAUCUUUGUGUCUCUCAAGCCCAAUUUGAGAAUUUCAGCUGACAGUAUCCGUUCAUGAGUGGAAAAUAAAUUCUGAACUUAAUGGUGAAGUUAAAA